AUGAUGGAUGAUUCUUCGAGAAUUUUGCGUGUCAUCACCAACAAGUUGGUGAACGAGGCUGUGAAUAACUCCAAGAAAUAUAUUGGCACUGAAUCGCAAGAAUUCAAGAAGCUUAAGAAGGAAGUCCGUGAGAAUGAGGACGCUAUUACCGAAUAUGUCGAGUACUUAUUCAUAUCUCUGAAGCGCUCCGAUUCUGAACGUAGGCAAGCCUUAAUGUCCCUUUUCGACUAUUUCUUCAACCGCUCGCACAAAUUCCGGCUGAGAACAGUUGAAAAACUGCAGGAAUUGCUUCUGCUGGUGUGUGAAACAGAUCCUCUGCAUCACCCUCUUCCAGGACCAAGUACGGAAGCAAAGGAAUUAAAGGCUUACGCUAUAAAAGCGGUUAAAAAGUGGCAUGAGAAAUUUGGACCCGGCUACGACAAAUUGAAUUAUGUCAGCGAUUUUCUAAGGGAGUCUAAGGCUGUGGAUUUUGAUUCAGCAUCAGCGGAACUGUUGGCUGAACGGAUAAGAAAAGAAGCAGAAGAUAGAAAAAACGCCGAGUUAUCGCAGAAGGUUCUGGCUCAUGUUCGCCGGAAAUUCGACGAUGCAAAAGAAGAUAUCGAGCAGUGCAUUGCUUCUGCUGACACGGCUCUCUCAAUACUAGUUCCUAUUUUUGGCACGGAUUCCGGUGGAAGUACUAUGAAGAACUCCGAGAGAAGCAGCGUCGAAGAAUUUCAAAAGGUGCAGGCUGCUCACGGGUACGCAAGCUCUGAGACGAUAUCCGUCGUUUUGAAGUCGCUCACUCCAGAGGUUACGAUCAAUGAAGAUAACGAGGCGCUACUCGAAAGCCUACGCGAUGCAAAAGUUAUGCUAGACCAUUAUCGAAAUAAGGUUCUAAGCUGGCAGCGCAAAAUUAAUGGAGCUACAGGAGCCGAAUUACUUACGCGCGACUUGACUUCACUCAAGACAAAAAUCGACCAGCGGUGUGCGAAAAUUGCUGAAUUGAAGCUGAAGCCAAAGAAACGAAGACGCAAAGGAGCUGAUUCCAGCGAAAGUGAAGAAAGUGAUCUCGAAGAGGUUCCCGAAAAGCAAUUGGAGGAUUUCAUGCCACCUGAGGAAGUCCCUAGACAUAUUAUGGAACGAGUAGAGCAACUGGAAAAAGAGGAGUGUUCCGAGAAGCCGUGUUGUAGUAAAUCACUGGAAACGAUUCCGUCGGAUUCAAAACAGGAACCAAAAGAGGAUGAGAUCCAGGCAAAGCCGGAAAUUCCCGUUGUUUCCUUUGGACUCGAUCUGAAAUACUGGGGAGAACGACGCACUGAAGUCCCCAUUCUUCUCAACAAUGCUGACAGUCAUCGAUUUUGGAGGCUUCCAGAAGAUGACGAUCGACCCGCAAUGAAGGAGGCAGAUGGAGAACUUAGAAUAAUAACGUGGAUAGGAGAACCUCAGCGAGCGGAGAAACGUUGUAAAGCAAGGCUGUCGAAUGGCAAACUCUGUCCGAGAAUGGACUUGCGUAAGUGUCCACUUCACGGUGUUAUAGUCGACAGAGAUGACGAGGGCUUUCCCUUGAAGGAGGUGGAUGCGAGCGAGAUUUCCGCUUCCCAGGCUGAACGGGAACAACAAGAAGAGGAAGAAUAUUUGAGAGAUCUCGAAGCCGGUACUGGGAAGUCGUUUGUUUCUAAACCGAAAAAGAAGAAAGUGCAAGAAGGUACCGUACGAGAGCGUCUAGAGAAGAAACUGCUCAAUCCUCGGACCAUAAAACGCGUUUCCGCUGCACUGGAUGCUGCACGUAAAGCUCGACUUCAAAGGAAAGUUCGGCGAUCAAUUCUCACAUCUGCCUUCAAAAUGAAAACAGUUGUAAAUAAUUUAAAUGUGACCGUGUCACGAAUUAGGAACUGUAAUAAAUGUUUUCUCUGUGGUACUUCUGUCAUAGGGACGUUACUUAUUUAUUGUGGGUGA